GCCAGAGUAAAUGCAAAUCUGGGGUUGUCUCUGCGCUCCCUCAACUCCCUCGGAAAAAAGGCUAACCCUUAUUAUUUUUCAGACAAAUGAACCGUUAAAAUCCUGUUGAUUUUUGUUCUCUAAGGGAAUCAUGUUACCAAAUCAUUGUAUUCUUUUAUAUCAGAUCCAUUCUUAAAGGUACCCUUUUAGCCCUUUGAUUUGAUCGUUAUUCUGAGAGAGAAAAAAGGGGUGCAGGAAGCCUCUGAAUUCUCCUUAUAGCUGAUCUAAGUGGUCGAGGGAGCUUAAGUGGAUUUCAUGUGUCAGGCAAGCUGGAAGCAAGUUCAGAGGAGGGAUAAAGGGAACUUAACCUAUUCACUAGGACAAGGAUUAGUACUUAACACAUAGAAAGUUCGAGAUAGAUUUACCCAAGUUGCAGAAUGCAGAAAUUGGAGUAGAAGUUAGUCCUUUUUAUUCAAUUGACCCAAUAUUUGCUUCACAAGAUAGCUGCCUUUGUUCUUUUCUUCUUGAAACCUGCUUUUGUUCUUGAAUAGGAUAAGUGGCAAUCCUCGGGAGGUUGGAAAAUGGCUUUUGUUUCGGAGGAAGAGAAAACUGAGGAUUAUCUUUUCAAGAUUGUACUCAUUGGUGAUUCAGCUGUUGGGAAAUCAAAUUUACUUGCAAGAUUCGCUAGGGAUGAGUUCUAUCCUAAUUCAAAGUCAACCAUAGGAGUAGAGUUUCAAACCCAGAAGAUGGAUAUUAAUGGGAAGGAAAUUAAGGCACAGAUCUGGGAUACGGCUGGUCAGGAGCGCUUCAGGGCUGUUACAUCUGCAUAUUACCGAGGUGCAGUUGGAGCUCUCCUUGUGUAUGACAUCAGCAGACGACAGACUUUUGAUAGCAUUGGUAGAUGGCUAAAUGAACUUCACACUCACUCUGACAUGAAUGUAGUCACCAUUCUAGUGGGCAACAAGUCAGAUCUCAGGGAUGCCAGGGAAGUAUCCACUGCUGAAGGAAAGGCCCUGGCGGAGGCACAGGGUUUGUUUUUCAUGGAGACAUCUGCCCUUGAUUCCUCUAAUGUAGCAGCUGCCUUUCAGACAGUUGUUAAAGAGAUCUACAACAUAUUGAGCCGGAAAGUUAUGAUAUCUCAUGAGCUCAAGAAGCAGGAUGCUUCAUUGAACGGAAAGACCGUGGUGUUACAGGGGGAUGAGAACCAACAAUCUGAUGCAGGGGCUAAAAAGGGUGGGUGGUGCUGUUCAUCCUGACGCCACAGAAAACAUAAUCCUCUCCUCCGGUUACAUUUUCUGGUUCUCCGGCCUUAAGUUACCACUGGAAGUUCCUGAUAUUUCUUCUUCAUGUAUUCAUUUCUUGAUGCCGUUAAAAUGUCUACUUAAAUAACAUUGGUUUUGUUUGUUCAUGGUUCAUCUUGCGGUGGCUGAAGAAGAGACUUCAUGGAGUAACAAAUGUAAAUGAACUCAAGGGGGAUUGAAAGGGCAAAAAAAGAAAUCAAAUGAUAUAAUUUUCCGAAUGUCAGCA